AUGGAGCAACUUGGUAAUAUAACCUUUUGGGAUGUUAAAGAUGCCUUUAAUAAAGUUAAAAAUGUAGUAAUGAAUUAUACAGAAAUGGAAGCUAAAGUACACGAAGCAACUAACAAUGAACCUUGGGGUGCCAGCACUACUUCAAUGUCUGAGAUUGCACAAGCAACUUAUAACUAUCAACAUUUCAAUGAAGUAAUGACAACAAUUUACAAAAGAUUUACCGAAAAAGAAGCAAGGUAUUGGAGACAAAUUUAUAAAGCACUUCAAUUAUUAGAAUAUUUGGUGAAGCAUGGUUCAGAUAGAGUUGUAGAUGAUGCAAGAGCACAUAUGGCCCUUCUCAAGAUUAUGAAGAAUUUUUCGUAUAUUGACGAAAAAGGAAAAGAUCAAGGAAUUAAUGUUCGUAACCGAGCAAAAGAACUUACCGAGUUGUUAAGUGAUACCGAUAGAAUUAAAAUGGAAAGGAAAAAGGCUAGAGCCAAUAGAACGAAAUAUACAGGCGUUAGUUCCGAAUCACUUAGUUUUGGUAGCGCAAGUCAGUAUCGAGGAUUUGGUAGUGAUUCAUCUGGUGGAUCUCGCGGAUUUAGAGAUCAAGACGAUGAUCAAUCAUAUUCUAGAUAUAACGAUUCAAGCUCACAAGCGUUCAGUGAAAGAUCGGAAAGAAAUUCUUCAUCAAUUCAUGAUAGGAGGUCUAGUGCUGGGACUAGGAAUGAUUUUGUUAAAGAAACAAAUUUGGUUGAUUUAGAUGAUAUUUUAUCCACCAAUUCUAAUAAUACUAGUAGUGCAAAUAAUAAUGCAAAUGACUUUGGUAAAUUGCAAUCUACUACAUUUGGUAAUUCUUCAAAUUUCGCUAAACCUGCAUCAGCAACAACAUUACAAAAUCAACAACAAACAUCAAUUGGUUCCAAAAAAAAUGGCAACGAUGAUAUAUGGGCAAUAGCAUCAAAUCUUGUUAGUUUGGAUUCUUUAGGCAAAGAGAAAAACAAUAAACCAAUCGAAAAGCCAUCAAUGAAUUCUCUCACCCAAUCUGAUUGGUCAGUCAAAGUAUUUCCUACAGCAAAAAAGUCUACGGCAUGUUCAAGAUUUGCAAAAUUUGUUAUUGAAAGACAAAUUGAACUACCAUUGAAAAUAAUAGGAACAGUGAUAUUAUGUUAUUUAUUAAAUCCAUCACCGAAAAAUCCAUUCCAUAGACUUUUAUUUAUCUCAUAUCCAAUACACAUUAAAACAUCUGAUGAAAUCCUUUAUAUUAAAGGAUAUUGGGAUCUCGGGUUUAUUUUUUUUUGGCUGGUAGCAUUUACAUUUAUCAGGGAAUUCACCAUGCAAUACAUUUUGAGACCGUUGGCAAUAUUCGGCAAGAUUAAGAAUAAAAGAGAGAUUACAAGAUUUAUGGAACAAGGAUAUGUUGUAAUUUAUUGUACAAUAUCCUCGUCUGUUGGAUUGAAUAUAAUGUAUAAUAGUUCAUAUUGGUAUUUUAAUACAAAAUAUUUUUGGAUUGAUUAUCCACAUUAUGCAAUGACAGGAUUAGUUAAAUCUUAUUAUUUAAUACAGUUUGCUUUUUGGUUGCAACAAAUUUUUGUACUUUUAUUACAAUUGGAAAAACCUCGUAAAGAUUUUUUGGAAUUUAUAGCGCAUCAUAUCAUAACAUGUCUAUUGAUUGGUGGAAGUUAUUUGUUCAACUUUACGAGGAUUGGGAAUGCGGUGUUUAUUUCAAUGGACUUUUCUGAUAUUUGGUUGGCGUUUGCAAAAUGUCUAAAGUAUUUGGCAGCACCAAAUAUUAUGACAGAUUCGAUGUUUGGAUUUUUUAUGAUAACUUGGGCAUAUACUAGACAUUAUUUAUAUGGAUACAUAACUUGGGCGACAUACCAGGAAUCAUGUCAACCAGAGUAUAAUGCAUGUAUUUGGGAUCCAUUGAAUGGUUAUUGGCUGACGUGGUGGUCUAAAUAUAUUAUAUUGCUUGGUUUAGUGUUAUUACAAAUCCUGAUGAUUUAUUGGUUUAAUCUUAUUUUAAAGGUUGCCUGGAGAGUCAUUAAAGGAAAAAACGCUGAAGAUUCAAGAAGUGAUGUCGAAGAGUAA